UCGGAAUCGAACCUGUGAAUUUAUUUCAACGCUUCCAGGCGGAAAGGGACGCGUUCGCGCUGCUCGCGUGCGAAAUACACGUUUCCACCAUUUUGUGCCAACUUGGCUCGACCCCGCCGGCACAAAGCGUCGAACCUUCGAAAUAAGAGCACACGGUUUUCCGCGCUUCUCAGCACCGCGGACACGGUUAGCUUCCGCCGCAGCGACCGGCUGCUCCCGGUGGACUCUGCGGGGCUGUGCCUGCUCCUCAUGCGGUUCCGGGGCUCCACUUAGUGCCCGGUACCCCUCCGGGAGACCCCCGCCUCCAGCAGGAGCCGGGCUGACCCGGGCGAGCUAACCCGGUUAGCAUUAGCCGCUCGGCGGGGCCUGGUCAGGAAGCGAGCGGGAGCUUUUAUUUUCCAAAACCGCCGCUCGUGCGAAGCCUCGUCGGGAUCGAGUGAACCACUUCACCUGAGAGCCGGAAGCUGGGGCACACGUUCUCAGAAUCACAUACUCCACUGAGACAGCAGCGAUGACUCAUGUCACCGGCCACGGGAAGCUGCUGCUGCAGCGUCUCCACCAGCAGCGGGAGAUGGACUUCCUGUGUGACAUCACCAUCAUGGUGAGAGAAGUGGAGUUCAGAGCUCACCGCAACAUCCUGGCUGCGUUCAGCAAGUACUUCUCCUCCCAGGCUGCGAAAGGUCAGGAUGUCACGACCUUGGACCCUGACAAGGUCAGCCGCUACGCGCUGGAGAAGCUGUUGGAGUAUAUCUACACUGGACAGAUGAACCUCAGCAGCACCAGACAAGCAGCCGUGAGACAAGCUGCUGGCUUCCUGGGAAUGCCCGAGGCCAUGAAGUAUCUGGAGGAAACCCCCAACUGGUCCGAGCUGGGCGAAGCGUCCCAAUCAGAGGCAGAUAAAGAAACUGGUCUCUCUCCUCCCAGUCCAGCCUCUCCUGGAAGCCCCAGCUCCCCAGUUCCCCUGUCAAUCAUCUCCAAUACAGGGGGGUGGGAUGAGGCGGGGAAGAACGGCAAAGAGCCGGAUGAGGAGGCAAAACAUUUGGACGAGGAAGAGAGAAACAAAAGUGAUGAAGAGUACACUCCCAACAAGGCCGCGGGACGUGGACAGGGCCGGAAGAGAGGACGCCCCAAGCGUCUGAGUGGAGAGCAGACGGAGGCCAGCAGCUCGGCUGAUGGAACCCCCAAAACCCAGAGCUACAGGGGGAGAGGCCGGGGGAGGGGGAGAGGAAGAGGCAGGGGACGUGGGAGGGGGAGAGGAAGAGGAGUUUCUUCAAGAGAAGAUCUGUCUAUGGAAGAUUCUGACACGAGUGUGAAGGACUUUGGAGACAUGUCUGCGGACUGGAGCCCCUCACAGGACGAAGAGUGUCCGACCAAGAAGCCUCGCCUGAGCAGCGGCGAGGGGCGGGGCCGCGGGAGGGGGAGGGGCAGAGGGAGGGGCAGGGGCCGCGGCAGGAGGAGGGUUGUGAAGGUGGAGGAGGAAGAGGAGGAGGAGGAUGAUGAAGAGGAGGAGAGUGGCUCGCUGGGAGCUGAUGAUGACAAUGAUGACUUUGGUGAUGAGGAAGGUGAGCUCGGGGAACAGGAUCCGUCAGAAACAGACGAGAUGAUGCUGUCGUGCACCGAGUGCAACAAACUGUUCAAAGACGCCAGCAGCCUGCACCGGCACGAGAAGAUCCACAAGGGCCUGAAGCCCUUCGUCUGCAUCUUCUGCUCCAAGAAGUUCAGACAGGCCACCCAGCUGAAGACCCACCUGCGCAUCCACACAGGUGAGAAGCCGUUCAACUGCUCCGAAUGUGACAAGUGCUUUGCUCAGAAGUGUCAGCUGGUGGCUCAUCGCCGGAUGCACCACGGGGAGGAGAAGCCGUUCACCUGCGAGCGCUGCGGCUUCAAGUUCGCCACGUCGUCCAACUACAAGAUCCACAUCAGAUUGCACAGCGGGGAGAAACCCUACGUGUGCGACAUCUGUGGCCAGGCCUUCGCUCAGUCCAGCACGCUGACCUAUCACAAGCGCCGCCACACCGGAGAGAAGCCGUACCAGUGUGACCGCUGUGGCAUGUCCUUCUCCGUGUCCUCGUCCCUCAUCUCACACGCCAGGAAACACACCGGUGAGACUCCGUACAAAUGUCCGACACCAAAGUGUGACGCCCGCUUUGCCACGUCCUCUGACUUAAAGAAACACAUGAGACGACAUCACCCGGAGGGGAGCAGCGGUGUGCAGUGUCUUCUGUGUGGAAACCGGUUUGCCAGCGUGAAGAACAUGAUCAAGCACCAGGAGAAGGCUCACGCUGACGAAGUGCGGCAACACAAGGAGAGAGCCAGAGCUGUGGUCCUCCUGGCCUCCAGUCACCCGAUGGCCUUCGUCCAGAACAAACUUUCCCAGGAGAACAAAGGCUUGGCGUCCAUAUCUGAAGGAGAGCCGGCCAACCCUGAGCCCCCCACCCCCAAAGCCCCGGCUCCCCCCACAGAGGCCCCCGGCACCACUGAGUCGGAUGACAUCAUCCAGAGCUUGAAGGCGGAGCCGGCCGACCUCCCCAUCGCCACCGCCGCCGACCAGGUGACCUUCGACGCCGACCAGGAGCAGACCAUCAACUCGGACACCCUCCACGCUCUGGUGGAGCAGCUGCGGCCCCCGCCCUCCCCCGCCCAGAGUCUGGAGCAGAUCGUCAUCAUCAGGACGGUGGACACCGAGAACAACCCCCCCCAGCAGUGAGGCCCGGUCGGAGCUCACCAUCGAGGAACGUUUCUCUUUUUAACACCAAGCGUCUGCGUCCGGGCUCGAGUUCAGCGUUCUAUCAAACCGGCUUCAACGGGUUUAGGGUCAAAGGGUCGUGAAGGAGAAAAGUGGGUUCAACAACUCGGGUCUAAUUUUUAUAGUUUUGUUCUUCGUCUCGUCUCGGUCAGGAAACAAACACGUUGACCUUGAAAGGAAACUGGGAUUUUGGAACAAAAACGAGCAGGAGGUAAAAAUUCAAUCUGUUUCAACAAACUUCGUGUUAAUCCUGGUCUACCUUCGACUUCCUGUCCUGAGCUGCAGGUGUGGGCGGAGUUUCCUGGUUCAGUGACGAGUUACAGCUGAUUUAUAAUAAAGUGGUUUAAUUAAUCUGGAUAAACAGUCGUCUGAACGUCUGCCGACAUCAAGCGGCAUCUUCACGUCUCAGUUUAAUUUAUUUGUAUUAGUUUUUCAAACGUUGGCCCAAGCUACACACGUGAGACCUGAGCUGUGAAGAAGAGGAAAGCUGUUCUCUCGAGUCACAUUUCCACCAGGAGGAAAAGUCACAUCGUCAAUUGAAACAGGAAAUCCAAAAGAAAGCGACCGGACCUCCACGUCUAGAUCCUGGAGCAGUUCUCACAGGUUGGAACCAUGAGGACAGAAUUAUCUGUCUGAACAGAACAUCUCCAGGAAUCUGCAGGUUGUUGUCUUUCCAUUAAAUCCCAGUUUCUCUUCCAACGUCAGUGACCUCCUAACAUCUCUCCCUGAACUAUUAAUCGAUUGUCCCAUUUUGUUCAUACUCAUUUCAGACGUACAUGACUCAGACGUUUUGUUUUCUCACAUACAGCCGCUCUAGAUAAUUUCAGAAGAUUACCCAGAGUUCAGUCUGUGUCUGCAAGCAGCUCUAAGCAGCAGGAGUCUUCUGGUCAUGUUCAGGGGUCGGGAUAAUUUCAGAAUCGAGUCUGUGCAUCUCUCACAGUUUAAGGUUCCUGAGUUAAAUCAGUACAAUCUGCUAAGAGGUGAAAAUGUUCUUCACAAUCUGAAGCCCUCCUCGUUAGAGCCGUGUCAUGUGACGUCCCUGCAGGGAUCCAGUAUCUGCUGAUACUGGACUUCAUGAGAAACAGAUUCUACGUCCUCCUGGACGGAGACGUGCGUCUGGAGCUUCUUUCAUUUUACAGCUCAGCUCCAGAUGAGCUACUAACACAAGAUAUUAAUCCGAUCUAAAUGUUGAUGUGUAAUGGAACAGACAUUGUUUUGAUAGAUUUGUCUGUAGUUAGGAGCUUAGUGAUUAUUUUAUUGACCCCUCGUCACCUGUAGGUGUUUGACAUGUGACCACUGCUCUGUUAAUGCAAACCAACCUUUUUGCUUCAGUGUCCUUUCCUUAAGUUAGCGUUUGCUUUUUAAAGCAACUGUUUCAGGUUUUAGAAGAAAUGUUUGUGCUUCAAGUUAAAAAAAAUACGUCACAGUUUUUCUGUCAACUUGAAUUUAGCUGUUUGCUUGUUUCAUGGUUUUAUUUCCUUUUAUUUUUGGAUCAAACGUCUGCAUCACUUGUACAGAGAGUCCCAACUUCACUACUGUAUCCAAGAUGAACAAGGAAAAUAAAACAAAGUGUUUGUCUCAGUGGAUGUGACAAAAAAUGA